UUCGUUUUAGUUUCCUCCACUGACACUGUGAUAAAAACUGGAAGUCAGCCGGUGGCACAGGGGCUGUUUAUCCAGGAAAACCCCCUCCAAGCCAGCGGCCCUUCUCGAUCGAAGCACACUCGGUCGUCUGUAGGCUAAAACUUAGCCUUUUAUCCAGGAAGACGGCGAAAACUGCAGCUUGCAAACCCCACGAAAGGCUGUGUUUUUUUUUUUUUUUUUAAUUUUUUGCUGUGGCUCUCGAAAGGCGGGGAAUACAAAGCGACGUGUGGCAAAAAAAUCAUCAUAUUUUGGACUCACUGUGGCAAUAACGGGAUUACUACAAAGCCAGUUCGUGCUGCUGUGGCUGGUCAGUGAUAGUACAUGGAUUAUCUGUGUUUUAGGGCACUGUGCUGUAAAGGACCUCCGCCACCAAGACCAGAGUAUGAUGUGGUGUGCAUUGGCCUGACAGGCGCUGGAAAGACCAGCUUGCUCUCACGUCUCUGUAGUGAGGGCAGCGACGGCAUCGUUCCUACAACAGGUUUCAGCAUCAAAGCAGUGCCAUUUCCAAAUGCCAUCUUGAAUGUAAAAGAACUUGGAGGCGCUGACAACAUCAAGAAGUAUUGGAGUCGUUACUACCAGGGUUCGCAGGGUGUAGUCUUCGUCCUGGACAGCGCGUCAUCAGAUGAGGACCUUGAGGCGGCGCGUAAUGAGCUCCAUUCGGCUCUGCAGCACCCGCAGCUCUGCACACUGCCUUUCCUCAUCCUCGCCAAUCACCAGGACAAGCCUGCUGCACGGACGCCAAACCAGAUCAAGAAGUACUUUGAGCUGGAGCCGCUGGCCCGGGGGAAGCGCUGGAUCCUGGACAGCAGCUCCACCGACAACAUGGAGGCCGUGAAGGAGAGCUUCGGCCAGUUCAUCGGCCUGCUGGAGGACAAAGACACAGAGCCCGCCAGGAUAUGAUGCUCACGCUGCUGUCGCUGGGAGACGCCAGAGGUUAACAGCCGCCGCAUCCUGCGGGUGCCCACGUACACACACACACACACCCACACACACACCCUGCACAGACACAAACAUGUACACAGGAGAGAAGUCGGCCUCUUCUCUUUGAGAUGCGUAUCGUACCUUAACCCCCCCCCCCCACCUCGAUUUCAGUUUUUAAAUUGGUCGAGCGCACGAGCAACAGUUAACCACUACGGGAAACGUAAUCGGACUGUGUCGACAGUGGGAAUCUUCUUCACUACUAUCUGUGCCGUUGUGAUUUAAUCACUGGCAUUUGGGAUGUAGGACAUUCCUUUAGUCAUCAUUGGACACACACGCGCGCGCACACACACACACACACGCACGCACACACACAGUGGAGCCCAGGUUGUCUGUAGAUAUGUUUAACAUCUCCACUAAUUGCUUUGCAGGAUGUUUGGGUGGGCAUGGUUGAUGUUCUUUCCACUGAGGAGCGCUGUAUGGCUGUCCAGCGCUUCUCCCCUCCACUCGGUAACGACACAAACCGUUGUGUGGCUGGAGUUGCGUAGUCCAAAGCCUCGUGUUAUGUACGGUAGUUACAUAUCGGUGUGGCCGCACCUCGUCUGAAUAUCUAAUCUGAAUAGUGUAGUCUGAGUAUCUCAUGGAGUAUUAUGUACAUGCAGACAGGCGUAUUGCUGUGUAUCCUCCCGUGCAGCCGUGCACAAGUACUACUAAUCAUGUGACUUAAGUGCUUAGGUGACUUUAUGGAGACGUGAGUCCAUUUGGAAAGUGGGAACAAAGUCUGAAUGCUUUUAUAAAUGUGCAACUUAGGAUAUAUUUUAUAGCUCUGUAUGUUAAUCUGGUAGAGCUGCGUUCAGAUCUUUUAUAUAUAUCGUGCAUACCUGUGUCACACUUUGAAAUUCUGUCAAAUCAAAGACCAAAAUAAGAGUAAAUGUUGAUUGUCUGGACUGGAUGUACCUGUAAGGUAGACAAAAUGUAAUGAAUUUCAUUUCUUUUGGAGGUUUUGUUUUAUUUUUGUUUGUUUUGGGGUUUUUUUUGUUUUGUUUUUUACUGUAUUGUUUUCUCCCCUUUUAAGUUUGACAUCAGCCCCCUGAGCUCCGGCCGGGGACUGCCGGCUCCCAUCAGGGUGGAAUACAAACUAUCAAUCAGCCGCAGCAACAGCUGCAUCUGACAAGUCCCUGUCCGACAGCCUAAUGCCUUCCAACUGUCUGAAGACCCCUCCCUGUCUGCUGCCGAUCGCACACCCCCGCCCCGGCACGGCCCCUCACUGCUGCAGACCCUCCGCCCGUCCCCGCCGCCUGUUUCCCGAUACUUUUUAUUUUAUUCUUCUUAUUCUCCCCGAUGCCAUUCUUCAGACCAGCUGCCCUCUUCGUGGAGCCCCCACCAAUGAAAAUGUGCCACAGGUGUGUGGUUGUUCCCACGGUGACGUUCAGGCCUUCUCCCCAUGUGCUUUGUGGUUUUUUUUUUGUUGUUGUUUUGAUCAGUAUUUUGUCAGGUUUUUAGAGAUUAAAUCUUCUUCUUUUUUGUACCUGAUGUGAGAACUGAGCGGAUCGGAAUAUUUGUUGUCUUCAGUGUAAACGAAUCUUUCAUGUAGGGAUUUUUACCAGUGUUGGACUUUUCAUAUCAUCCCACGAACAUCUUAAUUUUUUUUUUUUUUUUUUAAUUCAAUCCUGCGUUUUGUCAAAAAAUGCAAAUAAAAGUUUUGAA